CACUUGUCAGUUUCGUCUGUGACUGUGACUGGAUGUUUGUAACGUCUUGUAAUCGCUUUCUAUUUUGUUGUGUUUUUCUAUGUAGAUUAUUCACAAAAGUUGUUACGUUUUACGUUGAAUCGUGUUGUUUUGCAUAUUGUUGAGUUAAUUAAUUUACAUACUCUGAUUGUAUGAAUCAAAGUAUCUAUUUACAGUAAUUUUAAUGUUCAACUAAUUUUGAAACCUCCAUAAAUUUACCUAUUUUGAAUAGUUGUGAAGUUUGGCUAGUGUGUAUAUUACUGUAAUAAAUUUACCAUACAAAACAAAUUGAUUUAUGUAUAUGCAUUUCAUUUCAUAUUUAACCUAGAAAGUUCGAUAUGGCAUCAGACCGUUAUUCUUAUAAUUCAAGCAUAAGGAAACCAGAAACCCUUUUAAAGUUAGACCGAGUUGAAAGGACAGUUUCUCUUUGUAAAAGAACAGAAAUCAUACGAGAUGGUAAAAAGUUUCCAGUAUUUCAAAAACCUUGUGUUAUUGGAGUAUUUAGUGUUGACGAAAACAGGAGAUUCCUUCCAAAUGAGAGCCAAUUAAAAUAUUUAUACUGGAACAAAUCUUUUGAAGAACCAACUUGUAAAAAAGUAAAAUUUGACUUGAAUGAAGGAAUAAAACAUUGUGUUCGUAAAGAUGAAUCAGUAAAUGAAAAACUGGAUCACAUAUUUUCUUGGCUUAGAGCAGAGGGUACUCAAAAAGAAGAGUGUGUAAAAGCAGAUGUGAUAUGUUUUCGAGGUCUCUUAACCACAAUAAUGAGCACACCGUAUGAACAACAAGAAGGAUGGAUCAUUUGUGCUACAAAACGGAACAAUACAAUCUUUCUAUGUGCUUUUGAUACAGAGAAGAGAAUCAGAGAGAAGAAAAAUGCCACUGAAAAACUAAAGACAUUCCAGUCAUGGGGAUAUAAGUUUGAGCAGUUUAUGUUGGCAGAAGAGCCAGGCCAAGAACCAGACACAAAGAGACCAGUUGUGGAAGCAGAAGAGUUAGCCUGUGUAUUCCGCAGCAAACUGAACAGUCACAGUCUAGUCUAUGUGGCAGAGAUGGAUGGUGUCCAUAGUGAUGAGCCAAUUAAUGCUGCAGCUCUUAAAAGCAAUAUUGUCCCUUUUGUUGAAUUAAAGACCAGUCGUCAUAUUGAAACACAACGGCAAGAUACCAACUUUAAAAGGUAUAAGCUGUUAAAAUGGUGGUGUCAGAGCUUUUUGGUGGGCAUUGAAACCAUUUAUUGUGGAUUUAGAGAUGAUGACGGCAUUGUGAGUAUGGUUAAAGAAUAUAAAGUUAAAGAUCUUCCAAAAAUGGCAAAGGGACUGUGGGAUCCUUGUGUCUGCAUGAACUUUUGUGCUCAGUUCUUAGACUUUGUUAAGACAUGUGUUCAAGAAAGUACAAAUCAAGAUGCCUUAUGGAAGUUUGAGUGGACCCCUGGCAACUCUAUCACAGGAAGAGAAGUCAACAGAAACUCAGAAUAUGCAUUUGUUCCAGAGUGGUACUCAACAGAUGCAUCGCAACAGUAGUUUAGCAAUGAAGAGUGUGUUAGUUUAGUCUCCUUAUUUAAACCCUUUUACUGCCAGUGUUUGUUCAUUGCAGGAAGGGGGAGGGGGUUUCUUUGGUUUUAUAUUUCAUAAAAUUUUGUAUUUGCAUAAAAUGGUUGUAUGGACUGUAGAGAGCAAAAGUAAUGACUCAUCUAAGCAACCUUUUCUGUAAAAUAUGGUUGUUAGCAUUUUGGCUAAAUCACUGAUGUCCGUACAAAUGCUCUAAUUUCUCUAACCUAUAGUCUUGAAAGUUGAAACUACACAACUUAAAAAUACCACUUUUAUCUUCUCUUGUUAAAGAGUUUACAUAUUUCUCUACUCUGAAAAUUUAUUCUAAAACUUAAAAAAUUAUUAGAAACUAUUCAUAUAGUCUACAACUUAUUGUCAAUUUUAUAUGACUGUUUUGCUUUAUGUGUACUAAAGUAAAAAUGUGUUCAAAUUUCAGUGAUUUUACAUAACAUACAUUUAUGUAAAAAUUGUACUAUGUUUGAUCUUUUUUAUUUUCAAUCUUAUAUAUAACAGUAUAGCAGAUUUUGCACAAAACAAAAAGUUGCCGGCAGUAAAAGGGUUAUGGCAUAUUGAAUUUCAUUCCAUUUUGUAAAAUGAUUGUUUUAAUCCAUACAAGAGUUAUUGCUUUGAAAUUAUUGAAGUUUUAGUUAUGUUAUUAAAACUAUUAAAAUUUUUAAGUUAUGUUUUAUAGUAAGACUUUGUGUUUAUUCCUCUAAUACAAACAAUUGUUUGCUAUUUUAGUUGGGAGUUAAGGCCAUGUGAUACACACUGAUAAAGCUUACCAAUAAAUUUCAGUUGUUAAGUAUCAAGCAGUUUUAUCAGUAAUUUGUCUGUAUAGUUAUUGCUAAUUGCAGUCACGUUAUGAAAGUGUUGUAGCAAAUAUUGUUGUUAAGAAUAUAAAAUAUUACGAGCCAUCAUUUGGA